ACUAGACCCGAACCCAGGAUGAACCAGACCGCACAGCAGUCGGAGCCCUUUGACUAUUCGUACUAUGAGUAUCCAGACUGGUACUCCAACGCCGAGCCCACCAAGCCCCCCAAAGAAGUGAUUCUUCCCUGUGAUCCAGUGGCUGAUGAUAAAAUCUUCCACAUCGUGAUCCUCUUGCUCUCGUUGGCGGCACUGUUGGUGCUAGCGUUCUUGAGCAGAAAGAACAGCCUGUGUGAGGGCUUCACCCGAGGAGCCUCCUCUAUCUUCAGUCCAGUGAACUUCCUGGACCAGACUCAGGACAAGUCCCUGGUUUUGGCUGUGUUUGGUCUGGUCUUCAGUAAACUGGCCGUGAGUGUGAUAGCCCCAGACCCUCUGCCCUUCUACAAGGACACGCCCCCUCAUCUCAAAGAGUAUCUGAAGAUCGUUUCCAUCUUUUACUAUCCACUGCUGUACUGCCCCCUGCUGGUGUGCUCCACACUGCAGCGCCGCACAGGUUACCUCCUCGGGACAGUCCUCUCCUUCAGUCACAGUUCAGUGCUACUCUGGCAGAAGAUCGACUGCCCCAAAACCCCUGAGUUGUAUAAGUUCUAUGCUCUCCUAGCCUCUUUGCCUCAGCUCCUCUGUCUGUUCUUCAUCUGCAUGCGCUUCGUUCUGCUCUUCGUCAAAGGACCAGAGCAUGAUCAGGACCUGGACAGCAGCUACUACACAGAGUAUGUGAAGGAGCUGCUCAAGAAGAAGCCCUCAGUUAGCUCGUCUGUGUCGGAUCAGUCCGGGCUGAUGCAGAGGAUCCUGGAGCUGCCCAAAAGCUACAUCUAUGUCCCAGAGAAAGUGUUCCGGUUUCCUCUGAAGUUGGCCAUUGGUGCUUUUGUGUCCUUUGUCUGUAUUUACCAUACUUCGCUCCUCCUGAUCAUCCUGGUCGUUCCCACGCUCCACAUUGUGCGCUCUGGGAUCGACGAGAACAUGUUCUACCUCAUGAUGGGAUUCGGAAUUGUUCUGUCUGAAGAUCGACAGGAGACAGUCAACAUCCUGGUUUACUACACAUGGCUCCUGGAAGUAUGUUACCUGUGUGCUAUGACUCUGUCCAUCGUAGUCAGUCUGCUCAUGCUCAUGAAGUCCAUGAUCCAGCACAGGUCUAACCUUCGAGCCUUGUACAGAGGAGAUGUGUGUCAAAUCUACAGCAAACACAAAGCUCUGGAGCCGAGCCGAGGGGGCGUGGUCUGCUGGAUGGGACUGGUGGGCUACCAGGCUGCCCUCUACAGUCUGGGCAUGGUACUCCAGACAGUGGUGUUCUUCAUCUGCUUCCUCUUCCUUGUCUUCCUCGUCAUCGUCCCAGUGUUCUACGGGAGGAACCUGCUCGUGUUCCAAGAGGCUGCUCAGACCUGGUCAGCGUGGGUGACCCUGAUCCUUGUCACGAUUCUUCAACACGUCACAGCAAAAUUUAUGUUUGUCAAGAAAGAGGCUGGAACCACAGACAUCAACAACAGGGACUCCCUGUUCCUCCUGACGUAUCUCCUGUUCUUGGUAAACUCAGUGAUUGGCCUGCUGGUGGCUAUGUGGAGGAUUCUGAUCUCUGCCGUGUAUAACCUGAUCCACAUGGGACGCACUGACCUGAGUCUCUUGCACCGCUCCUCCCAGGACUACGACCCAGCUUACCGGUUCUACACCCAGUUCCUGGCGGUGGAGGUGAGCCAAACCCACCCUGUGAUGAAGGCCUUCUGUGGAAUACUGCUAGACCUGAUGAUGGAGGGAGGGAGAGCUGCACAUAAGAUCCAACAGGUCGAGGAAGGUCUACAGGAAAACCGUCCAAAUGCCGCCGUCCUCAGUCGCAGAGUCCGCAGACGUUGGCAGCUUGUUUACACUCUGGUCAAUAACCCUUCGCUGCUUGGCUCCAGGAAACACUUCCAAACUCAGGCGAGCGAAGCUAACCCGGCUAACGCAGCUAACGGCACGCCCACCACCAAAACAGGAAGCAGGAGGUCCCAGGCAGGAAGUAGAAAGGACAAGAAGGAGUCUGAGCUAGAGCUAGCAGUUGAGGUUAAAAUCGAAGAAUCGUAG